UUCUCUUGUGAACAGCAUAUGUGGUAUUAAUGGCCGUGUCCUUAGGGACCUCGAGUAGCAAGGGGCUAUGGGACAGUGUCCUUGAGCUAACCAAGAAAUCUCAGAAUAAAGGCAGUGAUCCAUUGAUAUGGGCAAUUCAUCUUUCUUCCCAAUUAAACUCAGCUGGUGUGUCUCUUCCUUCCACAGAUUUAGCCAACCUUUUGGUUUCUAACAUUUGUUGGGAGAGCAACAAUCCUAUUUCAUGGAAGUUUCUUGAAAAAGCAUUGAUCUUCAACAUCGUUCCUCCUUUGCUUGUUCUUGCUCUUCUAUCCACCAGGGUUAUUCCGAAGCGUCAUACCCAACAGGCAGCAUUUCGGCUAUAUAUGGAACUCCUUAAACGGCAUGCUUUCAAACUGAAAUCACAUGUAGAGUUCCAAAAUUAUCCGGUGAUUAUGAAUUCUAUAGACAAUGUUCUCCAGCUUUCUCAGAUAUUUGGUGUCAAAGUCAUUGAACCUGGGAGUUUAGUACUUGUAUUCAUCUUUUCAGUUGUUUGGCAGUUGGUAGAGGCAGCAUUAGGAGAUGAGGGGUUGCUGGAAGUUACUGAGGAAAGAAAAUUUAGAUGGAAUGUACCUCAAGAUAUGGAGUUAGGAGAUUGUGCAAGUUAUGAUGCAAAGAGGACUGAAUACCAAGAGAUGUUGCAAAGUAGAAAUACUGUGAUGACUGUAGAGCUGAUUGGGCUUUUCCUGCAAAACAAAGUAACUUCCAGGAUUCUUUUUUUGGCACGCCGAAACAUGCCCACACAUUGGAGAAGUUUUAUCCAGGACAUAGAAGUUCUUGCUGUUAACUCUUCAGCACUGAGAAGUUCAAAGGCAAUGACACCAGAAAUUCUCCUUCAACUGAUAUCAGAUGAUCGUAAAAUUGUGUCCGAGGAAACCAAAGCAAGUUACUUGCAAGAAAUCCACACAGUAAUGUCUUCACCUGCUGGUCUUUCUCAUAAAGUUGGUGGUUCUUCUCUGUGGCUUCCUCUUGAUCUUGUGCUUGAAGAUGCAAUGGAUGGUUCACAAGUUGAUACAACAAGUGCCAUUGAAAUUGUCAAGCGUUUCGUAAAAGCUCUUCAAGCCUUAAAUGGCACCACUUGGUAUGAGAGUUUUCUUGGUCUUUGGAUGGCAGCUCUUCGUCUUGUUCAAAGGGAAAGAAAUCCCAUCGAGGGUCCUAUGCCUCGCCUGGAUACUCGCUUAUGCAUGUUAUUAUCUGUUACAACUCUUGUGGUUUCUGAUCUAAUUGAGGAUGAGGAAAGCAUGCCACAAAACAAGAUAGAUCGUCAAAGCACACAAAACUGUAGAGAAAAGCGUCGUAGGGAUUUGGUAUCUAGCUUACAGAGUUUAGGUGAUUACCAGAGCUUGUUGACUCCGCCUCAGUCAAUUAUUCCUGCUGCCAACCAGGCUGCUGCAAAAGCAAUGAUGUUCACUUCAGGGAUUAAUGUUGGUAGCAGUGCGUACUUUGAUUUCAUCAACAUGAAAGAUAUGGCAAUCAACUUCACUGGAAACUUGCACCAUUUGAUAGUUGAGGCAUGUAUUGCCAGAAAUCUAUUGGACACAUCAGCGUAUUUCUGGCCAGGUUAUGUGACCGGUCGCAUCAACCAAAUACCUCAUGGUGUUCCUGCUCAAGUUCCUGGCUGGUCUUCAUUUAUGAAAGGGGCACCAAUUACUCCCGUGAUGAUGAACGCUCUUGUUUCUGAACCUGCUUCAAGCUUAGCAGAGCUUGAGAAAGUCUUUGAGAUUGCUCUCAACGGAUCAGACGACGAGAAAAUAGCUGCUGCUACUAUUCUCUGUGGGGCCUCUUUGAUUCGGGGUUGGAAUGUCCAGGAGCACAGUGUUUAUUUCAUUACCAGAUUGUUGUCACCACCACCACCUGCAAACUAUUUGGGGAAUGACAGCCAUCUGAUAGCCCAUGCUCCCAUGCUGAAUGUUCUUCUUGUUGGUAUAGCGCCCAUUGACUGUGUUCAGAUUUUCUCUCUACAUGGGCUGGUUCCACAGCUUGCUGGUUCUUUGAUGCCAAUCUGUGAAGUAUUUGGAUCAUGUGUGCCCAAUAUAUCAUGGACUCUGACCACAGGAGAAGAGAUAUCUGCAUAUGCUGUGUUUUCAAAUGCAUUUGCGCUUCUUCUAAAGCUAUGGAGGUUCAAUCAUCCUCCUCUUGAAUAUGGAGUUGGAGAUGUUCCACCUGUGGGAUCCCAACUCACUCCUGAAUACCUCUUAUUAAUGCGAAACUCCCAAUUAGUUUCUUCUGGUAGCAAAAACAUAUACGAGGACCGCAAUAGAAGGCGACUCUCUGCAGUGGCAAAAACAUCAUGUCCUAAUCCCAUAUUUGUUGAUUCUUUCCCGAAACUUAAAGCCUGGUAUCGUCAGCAUCAAGCUUGUUUAGCUUCCACCGUUUCUGGUCUUGUUCAUUCCCCUGUUCAUCAGAUUGUUGAUAGCCUUCUAAAUAUGAUGUUUAAAAAGAUAAAUAGGAACCAGCCACUGACUACUUGUGUAUCAGGAAGUAGUAGUUCAUCAGGGCCUGGCAGUGAAGAUGCGUCUCUAAGACCCAAAUUCCCUGCUUGGGAUAUUCUUGAAGCUGUUCCUUUUGUGGUUGAUGCUGCUCUCACUGCAUGUGCCCAUGGCAGACUAUCUCCUCGUGAGCUGUGUACAGGGCUAAAAGAUUUGGCAGACUUUCUUCCUGCAUCUUUGGCGAUCAUCGUGAGUUACUUCUCAGCUGAAGUGUCUCGUGGUGUCUGGAAACCAGUAUUCAUGAAUGGAACAGAUUGGCCAAGUCCAGCUGCAAACCUUUCCAAUGUUGAAGAACAUAUCAAGAAUAUACUGGCUGCCACUGGUGUUAAUGUCCCAACACUUCUUGCAGGGAUAAGUUCUCCAGCUACUCUUCCAUUGCCCUUGGCUGCCUUUGUCAGCCUCACCAUAACAUACAAACUUGACAAAGCAUCACAGCGGUUUCUCAAUCUAGCUGGACCGGCCUUGGAGUCACUUGCAGCUGGUUGCCCGUGGCCAUGCAUGCCAAUUGUAGCGUCCUUGUGGACCCAGAAGGCAAAGAAAUGGAGUGAUUUCCUUCGCUUCUCAUCUUCUCGUACGGUUUUCCUCCACGACAAUGAUGCAGUGGCUCAGCUUCUUAAGAGCUGCUUCACUGCCACACUUGGCUUAAAUAAUACUAUUAUAUCAAGCCAUGGUGGUGUCGGAGCACUACUCGGGCAUGGGUUUGGGUCCAACUCUUACGGGGAGAUAUCUCCCGUGGCCCCCGGAUUUCUAUAUUUGCGCGUCUAUCGUUCCAUUAGGGAUAUCAUGUUCCUCAGAGAAGAUAUUAUCUCGUUGUUGAUGCAAUCUGUGAAAGAUAUAGCUUCUAAUGGCAAAACUCCGAAAGGCAAGCAAGAAAUAAGGUAUGGUCAAGUUUCACUUGCUACAGCAUUGACCAAGGUUAAACUAGCUGCUCAAUUAGGUGCCUCCAUAUUAUGGCUAUCUGGAGGUCAAGGCUUAGUUCAGUCAAUGAUAAAUGAGACUCUGCCAUCUUGGUUUAUAUCGGCUCAAAUGACCGGCCAAGGAGAAAACACAGGUGGAGCUGUUUCAAUGCUAUGGGGGUAUGCUCUUGCUUAUUUCACUGUGCUUUGUGGAGCAUUCGCCUGGGGUGUUGACUCGUCCCUAUCAGCGUCUAAGUGGCGGCCUAGAUUUCUUGGGUCCCACAUGGAGUUUUUAGCAAGUGCCCUUAAUGGGAAGAUAACGCUUGGGUGUGAUCCUAUCACUUGGCAUUCUUAUGUGACAGGUUUCGUGAGCCUGAUGGUGGGUUGUAUGCCGAAUUGGUUAGUGGAAAUCGACAUAGAGGUUUUGAAGAGGUUGAGUCAAGGGUUGAGGCAAUGGAAUGAGGAAGAACUUGCACUUACUCUACUGGAAUCGGGUGGUGUUGGUACGAUGGGUGCAGCUGCUGAACUCAUCAGUCGAACUGAUUCAUAGCCUUCUAUUCUCCACAGGUAUUUUUUAAAAAUAUAUAGAUUCGAUUUUAGUUUUGAUCCAAAGUUUUGUAAAUUGUUGGUAUAUCUAUCCUUUAGAGAUUUAGCUGUACAUCAGUUUUUAACAAUGUCAUGAAGAAAAUCGAAUCCAUAUAUGAAACAAAUAUUCGGUUUCAGGGAUGU